CGAAACAGAUCUUCGUCAGGUCAAACACACUGAGUGUUCACAUCCCAAAAUAUAUACAUUUCACCUCACAUGACCAUGAUGCAUAGUGGGUGCAAAAAAACAUUUGUAUAUCUCUAAUAAUAAUCUAUUAAUCUAAUAAUCUAGAGAUUUAGAAAUGAUUUCGUACAUUGAGACUUAUGGAGUUAUUUUGUCCCAUAAAUGAUAAGACUCCAAAUGUGGAUUUGUCAAGUAUGGGUGAGAUGAGUGUUCAGACUAUGGGUGACACAAUGUAGAAUGACAUUUUCCAUAGAAUGAAAAAAACCUUUUUGAGCUAAAUCCACUUUUUGUCCAACCAGAUACAGAAAUCCCUCCCUAGAAACAUACUGCAGAUUGGUGGAAAAAUAUUUCCAAUUUUGAAUAAGAAACGAAAAUACAGAGUCUACAAGACUCAAGUCUACAAGACCUAAAGAACAGAGGCAAGCAUUUGACAUUUAAAAAAAUGAUUCCACUUUGAUAGUGAGUAAUGCUGACAAGGGCGGAGCUGUGGUGUUGUUAAACCGUGAUGACUAUGUGAAUGAGAUCCGGGGACAAUGGACAACACCGCUUUCUAUCAGAAAGCUUGACUUUACACCACUGUUCAAAGAAGAGAUUCACUGCAAGCUGAUGUCUCUUAUGGAAAGUGGAAACAUUAUGCAAAAAGAAUAUGAGUUCAUGAAAGUAGACUAUCCAAUCAGGAGCAUCAUUCAUACCUUACCAAAAAUCCACAAACGACUGGAUAAGCCACCAGAGAGACCUAUUGUGGCCUCCAUUGACUGAAAAUACUUCUGCUUUUAUAGAUUUAUUUUUAAAAACCAGUGUGGUGUGACUCCUUGCACAUGUACGUGAUUCUAUGGACAUGAUUAACACCCUCAAGACAAUGCACAAUAUCAAUGGGGAGAUGUUUAUGGCUUGUUUUGACGUUGAAUCACUGUAUACUAACAGUAUACUAACAUCCCCCACCAGGGAGGCCUAGAAGCCAUGACACACUACCUCAGUCAACGACCCACUGGCAAACUGCUAUGGGUAGUAAAAUGUCACCGAAUUAUGCCAAUCUGAAUGUGUUUUUUUCUUUUUUAGAAGAAGAAUGUGAUUUUCAGCCCUAAUAAUUAAUUCUUGCGACAUAUUAGACUCUGAAAAUGCUUAAUUGAUGACGUAUUCGUUCUAUUUCAGGGCACCGCAGAGGAACUUCAUUGAUUCCACUCCUUCAUCAAUUUACAAGCAGUUAACAUUUGAAAUUCACCCUCACAUUUGAUGCACAUGAAAUACGUUUUCUUGACAUUUUGAAUAAGAGGGAUGGGGGGGGUUAGUACGGAUCUAUACAGGAAGCCGACGGACAGGAAUUCCCUGUUACUCAACGACCGCUUCCACCCUACUCCGCUAAAAAAGAGCCUCCCCAUUAGCCAAUACAGUCGCAUAUGUAGGAUUUGUAGUACACAGAGUGACUAUGUCAAACAAACUGACCAUCUGGAUGAGUGUUUCAGACAGCAGGGUUACCUAGAGGAAUGACACAUUUUGUAUACAUAUUAUUAUUUUCUGGAACCAUUACAUGCACCCAUCUCAUUGUUUUUUUAAAUUAUUAGAGAUAUACAAAUGUUUUUUGCAUCCACCAUGCGUCAUGUCUUGUGAGGUGAAAUGUGUAUAUUUUGGGAUGUGAACACUAUGUGCUUGACCUGACGAAGAUCCGUUUCGGAUCAAAACGUUGUCAAUAAGUGGUGAAUUGGGAGCUUUAACUUGUUCUAUACUAGUAUUCUUUAUUAUCCCAGCACCUAUGUUUUUAAGGAUGUGCGUAAGACCACAAACUCUCCUCUCUAAACAUAGCAAUGCGAAUGCAAAGAGGACUUGGUCCACAAAAUAGUUGACGUGAACUGGCAAAAGAGUUGAGUCAAUGUGAAUACAAAGAGAACUGAGUUAUUUUGCUCUUUUUUUUUACCCCAGAGUUCACUCUAAAUAGGACUGAGAUCGGUUCUUUUAAAGAGAACUACAUGUGAAAACACCCUUAAGUAGCUGAGAAGUAUACCAAUGUGUUAUACCCUCUAAAGUGCUGGGAAAGUGGUGAAAAUGUCAGUUUGUAAAGGUUGAGACAAAAAGUAGUUGAUGUGGAAACUAAGCUGUCUUUUUUUUAUUGGUAGCAGAUAAUUAUGUUUGGAUUCCUGAUUUGAAUAGCAGAUAAGUAGACCAAUAUGUCACACCCUAAGUUUUUGUCUAAAGUUCUGUGACAGUUGUAAAAAUGUAAAUUGUUUGGAAGUAGAGGUUAGAUUUCAUAUGCUUUGUGUUUAACUUUAACUUUGGAAAGUGUUCAGUGUAGCAUAUUUUUGUCAAAAGUUGUGUUGUUCACAGUGAAUGGUAUGUUGGAAGUCUGGGAGUUGAUUAUAUCACAACAGGGCCUUUAGACCGGUCUACACAUUUUAAAGUUUGAAUGAGGUGUUUAGCUUAAAGCUGCAAUAUGUAACUUUUUGGGCGACCCAAUUCACAUAGAAAUAUCAAUUAUAGAUCUGUCAUUCUCAUUGACAGAAAGUCUAAGAAGAGAUAGUAGAUGUGUUCUAUGUGCGAUAUUGCUAUGAUUCACGUGAUUAAGUUUAAUUUUUGCAUCUUUUGGUUUUAUACACCAGCUUGAAAUACGGAAAAUAUAUUUCACAGCAGUUUAGAUUGUACACUAUACUUGCUUUUUUUGUUGUCACAUAAACUGAAAUUGGGUAAACGUGUAGAGGAAUCGUUUUCCAGGUAGUAAUUAUAAGAAGUAUGACGAAUAUUUAAAGUGGGGACUUUUGCUUCACAAGUCCCAUCUAUUUAAAAUGUCCUAGCAAGCCAGGCCAAUGGGAGACGAGGAAAGGGGGCGGGAUCCUUUUGACGUCUCGUGCGGCGGCGCUGAGUGUUUGUGUAGCGCGAGAUUGGGUUUUUGUUGUUCUCAUCAACUGAAUGUGGCUUCGUAGUUCCAGUUUGACAAGGCUUAGGGAAAGCCCCCACACCCAGUUUGUUUAGUGCAAGAUCUGCACUGCACACACCGCGACACAGCUGAGGGAAUGCGGACUUCUGGCCCUUUCGCUACGGGUUACAUUGCUACAGUACCCACACCGUAGCAAGCUGAUCCAGUGAGGUACUAGGUUUGACCAGAGACGGCCUAAGAGGAACAAGGAACAAACCCAGAGGUUUCUACUCACCAGAGCCACAGUGUCAGAACGGUCCAGCAGUAUUCCAAGCCAAACCCUCAUCUUGCUCCCAGUCCACAGUGAAGACCUAUCACAAUGGCUCAGACUUACUCUGUGAUGAGAGCGAAUCUAUGUUUACCUACAUCCUCUAUGCUGCUCUGGGGCACUUUUUAAUUAUGUCUUAUUUGGUCCUCUUGAAUGACUUUUGGCCUGCUCAUAUAAAAGGUACUCCGUUAGAUGUUCCCUCGUCCCAGGCAUCUCUGCGACACUGUGGCUAGCCCCAUGAGGCUGUGUGGCGCACUGCUCCCUGAGGCACUCCCUGUGUGUCUGUAAGGCCUCCUCCCCACUCUAUGGAGGCGGAGCCCAGCCACCCUGCUGAUGGGGAGCGAUCCGGAAGGCAACAGCAGCCUCUUUCUCCUGGGGCCGCUGAGCCCCCCACAGGGUCCCGUCCAACUCAGCCACAGCAACCGCCAUCCAAACCCCGCCCCGUCCACGGUGGCCUGGGAUGUCUCCACCACCGCAAGCCUAAACGUAGCGACCUGCUUCUCAGGCUUCAGCAUCAGCACAAGACCCAAGCAGCAUGUCAGCUCUCAACAGACACCCCAGGUCCUUCAGGAGGCAGCUUCUCCUCCCCCUCCACCUUAUCUCUACAAUCCUUCUCUACCCAAGUCCACAACACUCAGGGGGUGCAUUCCCAGCCCAACCAGGAAGUCCUAGAGGGCAGCCCAUCUAAAAGAGGCGAGAGGCAGCUCCAGAAACCGGGGAAGUACGUGUGCACUUACUGCGGCCGUCCAUGUGCCAAACCCAGCGUUCUCCAGAAACACAUCCGCUCUCACACAGGGGAGAGGCCUUAUCCUUGCGUCCCCUGUGGCUUCUCCUUCAAGACCAAGAGUAACCUGUACAAGCACCGCAAGUCCCACGCCCACCGCAUCAAGGCAGGCCUGGCAUCCAGUCGGGACGAGCUGAGCCUGAGCGGACCCGAGAUGAGCGCCCUGGGAGAGGAUCCCGAGGAGCCCACGGAGGGGGAGAGCACAGACUCUGAGGAGGAGACGGGUCAGUACAGGAAGGAGAGGAUGAACAAGCAGAAGAGCAGCAGCAGUUUGGCGCUGUCAGGGGAAGAGGAGGGCCAAAGCUCUGACGACUCCCAGGCCGUGAAGCAGAGACUGGCCAUGAGGCUGAGCGAGAGGAAGCGUGGCCCCAUGGCCUCCCCGGACAACCCUCCCUCCACCUCCUCCUCACUGGACCCCAGCAGUAAAGGCAGCCAAGAGUCAGGCUACUUCUCCCUUUCGAGGAGCUCUGAGAUGAGCCGAGCUGACUCCCAGGUGAGCCCUCCGAAUGCCAAAACCUAUGCCGAGAUCAUCCUGGGCAAGUAUGGGCGGCUUGGAGGGCAGCAGCGCAGUCCCCAUCAGCAGCGUGCCCACUCUUCUUCAUUGGGGAUGGAGGAGAAGAGCAGCAUACCCUUCAGCAUGCCCAAGAUGCAGGUCAUCGAGCACAUCACCAAACUCAUCACCAUCAACAAGGCGGUUGUGGACACCAGCGAGAUCGACAGCGUCAAGCCCAGGCACUCCUCGCUCUCCAGGAAGAGUAGUCUGGAGUCACCCAAGUUCUUCUCCCCCAAAGACCCCUAUGUGUUUGAGCCUAAGGGAGAAAGCCCAGGUCCCAGUAUGGCAGGCCAAUCAUUCCAUCCCCAUAUCCAAGACGUGGGCCCAUCGGGGAUCCAGAAGUCCUCCUCCUCAUUGCCUCUGCUGAGAAGCCACUCCAUGCCCACCUCAGCAGGCCAGGGAAACCACUCCACCACCUCUCCCUGGGGGUUAUCUUGUCUGAGCCACUCCUUUGAUGAGCAGCAGGCCGUGGUGGCCAAGAUGAGGGUGGGCGGGCAGUACCGUUUUCUGAGGCGCCAACCCGCCAUCGAGUUGCCCCUCGGGGCUGGGCUAAGCCUGGAGGAGGCUGGCCCCUCCUCCUCCGCAGCUACAGAAAUUGGCCUAACCAGGAAGCAGCAACGCAAAGGUCCAAGGCUGUAUGAGUGCGAGACCUGCGGAGUCUGCUGUAAACAAAGGGAGAGUUACGAGGCCCACAGGGGUCUCUGCACAGGCAAGCCAAUAAAGGAGCUGGAGAGAGGAGAGGUGGAUGGGGCGUUCCGGGAUGACCGCCCCCAGAUGAUGCACUAUAAAUUCCGGGCACUGGCCAUGGCAGUGAGGAAGAGGAGGAAAGAGGAGAGUCUGGAGGAGGAUCCUCCCAGCCCCAGGCCUACAGCUGUUGUGACCUGCAGCCCCGCAACCACCACUGCAGUGCCAAACCGGGUGCAGCAGAGUGAGGCUUUCUUAGGUGCUCCCUCACAGGCUGAGCAGCAGCAGCAAGACAGGAAGGGCAUCUCGGUCAUCCAGCACACCAGCUCCUUCGAGAAGCAGAAAAGUAUAUCCAUGGAGAGCCAGGAGUCUAUAGAGCUCAGAGAGAGACAGUUAACACCGCAAAAACAGCCGCAGCCAAAAUCAUGUCCCUCCAUGUCCCGCCUGGUCCGCCAGCACAACAUCCAAGUGCCAGAGAUCCUAGUGACGGUGGAGCCUGAUGCUGAUAUGGUGUCAGUGUCGCCCAUGGCGACAGCAUCCUCGUCCAAGGAGCCAGAGAGAGUGGUAGAGGAGUUCCAGUGGCCUCAGCGCAGCCAAAGUAUGGCUCAGCUCCCCACCGAGAAGCUGCCACCAAAGAAGAAGCGUCUCCGUCUAGCCGAGGCUGCUGCCCAGUCUUCCGGGGAGUCCAGCUUUGAGUCGGUAUCGCUGGGGACCCAGAGCCCCAGCCAGGAGAGCAGCAUUUCCCAUUCACCCAGCCGCUCUGCCUUCUUUGAAGACAUGGGGGGAAAACCUGCUGAGCCUUCCCCCUGGGGCUCCAGCAGCACCCAGGGCUCCCACAUGCUAACAGUGCCCUCAGGCCCCCACCAACAAUACCAACCCCAAAGAGAGAUGCAGCGCUCAGCCUCGGAGCAGGCCCCGGUCAGCCCCCAGCACACGGAUGAGAUCGUGGAGACCAGGAGCAAAUCCUUUGACUACGGUUCCCUAUCCCCGCAGCAGUCUGCUUCAGCCUGGAGGGAGAGGAGGAAGUGCCUACUGGUAAAGCACACCACCCUCGGUGAGCCAGACCACGAGGAAGGGGCCAUGGCCAGCCACUCAGUCCGACCAGGGAGCACCAAGCCGGGCCCGUCCUACACCAGCCACCCUUCCUUCCACCCAGCUGAAGCCAGCACCUCGAGGCUCAGCCCGGAGGCCAUAGGGAAGACCGUACAGCUGUUCCACCAACCCCGGAUACUCCCAUUCCCCAUGCGACCAACUGGGCAUGAUCGGUUCCCUCUUGGCCAGUUAGCCCAGCUCCAUCCGGUCACCACUGCCAUCUCGGAUGUCCUCUCCACCCACAUCAUCCACAGAGCCUUCUUACACACACACCCUUCCCCUCCAACCAUACAAGUUCACCCAGGGCAGCUUCACAUGGCAGAUCGCCUAGGCCUGCCCCUCCAUCCUAUUUCAGCUCUGCUCUCCCUGCAGUACCCCACUGGGGCUGGCCAGGCUGUGUACCUCCCUGUAUCUCCUGGGCUCACCAUCCAAGUCCCCACACAGCCCCCCAUGCCCUCCACCGUGGUUCUCCCUGCCCCAGCUCCUCAGUCCUUAGUCCCUCUGCCCUGCCACCAUCCCCCGCUUGUCAUCGUAACGUGCCUGGCACAGCUGACACCAGUCGUGUCACUGAUGGUGCCAGUGCGCCUCCAGACCAACAUGAUCACCUACGCCAGUGCCCUGUACACCACCCUCUCCCAAAUCCUGGCGUCAGCCCGCUCCCAGGAGCCCAUCUGCUGCAUGGCCAUGGUUAUCAUGGGCCAGCUGGAGCAGGAAAAGCUGCAGAGGUCCUACCUGAAGAUCCCCACCCCGGACUUCAAGAGCUACCUGCCCCUGUCUCUACCCCUGGAGCUGGGCUCUGUGUCCCGAGAGGGCUAUGAGCCACUGGGGGCUGGAGGGAGCAAACGCAUGCUCUCUCCUGCAGCCAGUCUGGAGCUCAGCACAGAGGCUCAGCGCCAGCAGAAACGAGUGAAGGAGGAAGAGGAGGAGGGAGAGAAGGUGGGAGAGGAAGAGGAAAAUAGGGGUUCUGGGAGAAAACUGGAAGUCGGGGAAGACAAAAAGAAAGAGCCGGAAAGGGCCCAGAUAGGAGUAGUAACUGUGAAAGUCGAGGAGGAAGAGAAUGUACGGGACACAGAAGGGCACAGGGAAGAGAGGGUGAUGCAAGGGAAGGCUGGACCUAAGAAAGAAAAGGAGAAUGAGGGCCAGGGAGUGAGUGCGUCCUUUGUACCCCAGAGUCCUGAGCGAGUCAAAGCCCCCUUGUAUCCCAGCCUCCACACCACCACCUCAGUCAGCUGGUGCUACUUGAACUACGUGAAGCCCAACCCUUCUGCCCAGAGGGAGCCACAAACCUCCGUUUACACCUCCUGGAGCAUCAGCGUGCACAACCCCAACCUGCCAGGCCUGUCCACCAAGCUGGCCCUGUCCCUGCUGCGCUCUAAGCAGAAACACAGCUCAGAGACCUACACCAUGGCCACAGCUCUAACCCCGGCGACAGGCAAGGUGGUCCCUGCCAGCAGUAGAAAGCCCCACAUUUCAGAGGUACAUGCUACCCCACCCAGCACCCCUGUAGAAGUGAAGGAGCCACCACAGCAGCCUGAGAAGGAGGAGAAGAAGGAGAAGAGAGAGGAGCAAGGGCCCUCUACCUCCAAACAUAGCGAACCUCUCCGUGUCCAAAUCUUCGAGGGCGGAUACAAGUCUAAUGAGGAGUAUGUGUAUGUGCGGGGUCGUGGCCGAGGAAAGUAUGUGUGCGGAGAGUGCGGGAUCCGCUGUAAGAAGCCCAGCAUGCUAAGGAAGCACAUUCGAACACACACAGACGUCCGGCCCUACGUCUGCAAACACUGCAACUUUGCCUUCAAAACCAAAGGGAACCUUACCAAGCACAUGAAGUCCAAGGCUCAUGGGAAGAAGUGCCAGUCAAUGGAAACGUCUGGGUCUUCACUGGACGAGCCGGAGACCGAGGAAGCAGGAGAUAUUGAAGAGCAUUUAUCUGGCUCUGAGGACCAGGAUGAGCACCAGUUCUCUGACGUGGAUGAUUCAGAGGAGGACGAUGACGAGGAUGAUGAAGAGGAGUACUCAUCUCACAACGAGCCGUCCUCCUCACCCGACUGCCGUCUGUCCACAUGGGGGCACUCCAGCAGCGGAAGACGGUCCCAGCAGGGCACGCCUGACCCCUCAGCCCCAGAACCCCAGCCAGAUCCCUGCCUCAGCCAGGAGCCCUCUCCCACCCAUAGACUGUGGCCCAGCGGGCGUGCUUCCUCUCCAGAAAGCCGGAGGGCACUGUUCUGGGACGCCUCCCCCAGGGCCUUCUCCCCUAGCAGUGAGAGCUGCUCUCCCAUCCGAAGCCUUUCCCCCAGACUGGAGCUGGCCUCCCCCAACCGACACCUCUCGCCCUCUUCCAAGAGAGAACCAUCCCCCAUCAGAGCUCUAACCCCCCUGUACCCCCUGCGGCCUCUGUUCCCUAGCCAGUAUCGGGUGUUAUGGGCCCGGGCCUCUCCCUCGUCCCCGGGGGUGCAACAUAGACCUCGCAGGUCUCCCAGUCGUUUGCCAUGGGACAUCCCCAGUAUGAUGGCCAGCGAUCGACAGGUGAGACAGGUGGGUUCAAUGGAGAGGAUAGGAACACCAAGUAAAGGGCAGAUUGGUCCAGAGCCCUGCCUGUCAUUCCCCCCAGCUUUCCGUCUGUCCCCCACUGACAGCCCUAAAGCCCAGUCCCAGUCCAUGGACCGCAUCUUCAGCCACCUGCCUCUGCACUCCCAGCAGGCCAGGGUGCCCUACCUGAUGAUCCCCAUUGGGGGCAUUCAGAUGGUGCAGGCUCGUCCCCGUUCCCACCCCACUACCCCCACCUCGACCUCCUCUCCCCCAAUGGAGGGGCUUUUACUGGGCCAGACCAGGAGGGAAACCCCCUGGUGCAGGACCCCCAUAACUCAAGGGCUCAGAACUCCUGGGGACCAUUGGUCUGACAGCCAGGAAGUAGUAGGAGCCAGCCAAUCAGGGCUAUGCAUUCCCAGUAUAACCCCACCCAUAUGUUCCAAACCCUCCACCUCGCACCAGGUUAGGAUGGACCCAGGGAUGAUAAACACAAUGCAAAAGGACAGCUUACACAGCUCCUCCCACUCACACAGGUCUGAGGGAGAGACCAGAAAAUGAUGGCCCUCACACAGCCAGGCAGGACCAUCCCCCUAGUCAGCCAGUCCCCCCUCCCACACACAUGAUUGGAUAGCAGUCUGAGAGGCAGGAGACACCAGGGUUGCGGUCCAGAACGACUGGUUCAGAGGAGGAAGAAGCUAAGGUGGAGACUCAACCAAUCAAGGCCAGAGCACUUUACGCUUUUUGUUGCAACUCUUGUUUUUGGGUUUUGUAAUUGCUUUGUUUUUACACAGUUUUCAAUUCAAUUGUUAACUUAACUGUUAGUUCUUCUGCAAUAUUCAGGUUUGUUAUAAAAUGCACUUUUUUAUUUUUGACGAUUUCUUUAAAUCUCUUGAUCUUACCUGUAUCUCUAUUGAUACUGCGAUCUUAAUAUAUAUUUAAAUAUAUAUGUCAAAUAAAUAUGAAUACAUUUGUAAAUUACCAAAAUCGUUAAUGAACAAUAAAUUCACUUUUAUUUGUUUUCUCUUUGUCCACUAUUACCCACCUGUAGUUACUUGUGCCUUUUCUUUCUGUGUUUGUGGUCUUGAGAUGACGACAAAGAAAACAGGCUGUGAAGUUUUGAUUUACACUCUGUAUUUCCAGGAAGGGGGUUCCUGUGUUCCGUGAUGAUUGAUUGUUUGUAUCCUUAAAGGGAUAGUUUGGGGUUAGAGGUAGUUUCGUGAGCCAAUGCUAACUAGCUGUACCCGAAGACUUCCAGUCUUUGCACUAAGCUAGUUAGCAUUGGCUCACAAAACUACAGCACCUCUACCUUCCUUCAUACUGGAUGCAGAGACAUAAUAAUGAAUUGCCAAAACACCAAACUAUCCCUUUAAGGCCAUUGCAUUGAUGUCAGGGUAUUCUAAAAUAUGGUAUAUGAGGUGGUAUAUUGAAGGAACAGUGAGUGCUUUGCAAAGAAAAUGCACUGAAGUCAUAUUUUUUAUAAAAAGAUAGUCAAUGUUAUGUCUCUGUACAGAGAAGAGUGCUCCAUAUUUAUUAUUUUGUUAAACUAUGAAAGUUAUUCUUUAAGUUUUUUUACUUGACAUUUUUGGAGGGAAAAAACAUGCCAUUUUCAUUUAGUCAUGUGUCUGUCUUUUUCAUAAUGUUCUCAAAAGACUUGAGAGGGAGAGGAAGUUCUCUUUUAAGAUUGGAUAUGGAACAUGUGCCCAAAAGAUUUUCACACAGGACAUUUUUUUUUCUCUGAACCAAUAAAAAGUGCACCAGACUUCUGUGAGGCUAUUUUACUUGUUUUGUUUUCUUGUUUUUGAAAAAUUGUAUACUUUUUUUAAUAGGUCAACCAAAAUACUGAUUGAUUAAUACAUAUAGAAUGCUUCUGUUUGAAUUCCACAAAAUAACAACUGGAGUUAAUAUCCACAAAAUCAAAUAAAUUGUUAUUUGUCACUUGCUUCGAAAACAACAGGUGUAAAACUAACAGUGAAAUACUUACUUAAGGGCCCUUCCCAACAAUGUAGAGAAAAAUAAUAGAAUCAAAUUAUAACACAAGGAAUAAAUACAUAAUGAGUAAUGAUAACUUGGUUAUAUACACGGGGUACCAGUACUGAGUGUCAAGUCCUGAUCGUAGAGAUCCUUUUAUUCUCUAUGUUUGUUUAGUCAGGGUGUGACUCGAGUGGGAAAGUCUGCUUUCUGGUUCUUUGUUUUUGGCCGGGUAUGAUUCUCAAUCAGGGACAGCUGUCUAUCGUUGUCUCUGAUUGGCAAUCAUACUUAGGCAGCCUUUUUUCCUUUUCUCAUUUGUGGGUUGUUGUCUUUGUUAGUGGCAUGUAUAGCCUUACAGAGCUUCAUGUUUAUUUUGUUGUUUAUUGUUUUUGUUGGUGACAUUUUAAAAUAAAAGAAUGUACGCUUACCACGCUG